AUGCUCUUGCCUAGCUAUGACAAUUUCAUCAAUUGCGAAAACUUCAGUAAGCAGGCAGCUGUCGUUGAGGACUUAUUCGAACCCAGCUACUCGAUCCUAAAGUUUACGUUGCGAGAUGACGAUUUUAUGCAUCAAGCGAGAAGGGAUGCUAGCAAUUAUGGGGAGUUUAUUGAGCUUAUAAGGUCGAAGUUGCUGCAGAUCUCGCAUAAUACCGAAAAAGUUGGACCUAGCUCUCGAGAUGUUGACCAUUUAGCAGAUAUAGUCUCAGCACACCCAAGACUGGGGGAAUCAGUAAAGAGACUUUCAGCUCACUCCGAGAAGGAACAACGCAAUUUGAGCAACUCCAAUGAUCCAGCUGAGAUACGGGAGAAGCUCGCUGAGCUGAAUGAAGAUUAUGAGCAAGCAUACCCCGGUUUGCGAUUCGUUGUCUUCGUUAACGGGAGAUCCAGAUCUGAAAUCAUUAAGGUUAUGCAGGAGAGAAUAGCCUCUGGGAACUCUUGGUUUGGAGAAGUCGACAUUGCCAUAAAUGAGUUAUGCUGUAUUGCACUGGAUCGGGUGAAGAAAUGGGAAUCCAGCGGCUUUAAACUGUAA